GUGUCAGUGCGGGCUUUUAUUGUGAAAGGGGAGGUUCCUGGCGCGCAGCUCCGCGUUCAGCCGCUCCUUGACGCAGUCACUCCGCGGAGCAGCAGCGGCGCAUAAACACUACUUUUGGCGUGCAGUGAGCCAAUUCUGGCGCACUCCAAGGCCUUUUUCCGGGCCCAGGGAAAGACACCGAGGCCGUGAAUAAUCCGCAGAGUUAGCGCACUUUAUAAACUGUUCGCACUGAGUGUUUUAGGACGCGUUUGGCCCCGGAGCUAACGCGCUAGCACUAGCAUCGAGGGGACCCCACACAUUAUCCAAGCUGGAGACGCAAAUGUCGCUGGUGGACCUGGGGAAGCGCCUCCUGGAGGCUGCCCGCAAAGGUCAUGACGACGAGGUGCGCAACCUAAUGGCCAACGGUGCCCCCUUCACCACAGACUGGUUGGGCACAUCGCCUCUGCACCUGGCGGCUCAGCACGGUCACUACUCCACCGCCGAUGUGCUGCUCAGAGCCGGAGUGAGCCGAGACGCACGGACCAAAGUGGAUCGAACACCCCUGCACAUGGCUGCAGCCGAGGGACACACCAUCAUAGUAGAGCUGCUUGUACGGAGCGGCGCGGACAUAAAUGCCAAAGACAUGCUAAAGAUGACGGCGCUGCACUGGGCAGCGCAGCAUGGGCACCAUGGCGUCGCAGAGACGCUCAUCAAACAUGGCGCCGACGUGCACGCGCUCAGUAAGUUCGACAAAACACCAUUCGACAUAGCAGUGGACAUCCAGAAUACAGAGCUCAUGCUGCUGCUGCAGGAGGGGAUGCAGAACCAGGUAAACAUGAAUCAGGUGAGUGUGAACGUGGACAGCGGCUCCGGAAAUCAGCCUCAGUUCAUCAUCCAGGGUCUGCCCUCACUCCAGGGGGGAGUGGUCAACCUGGCCGAGCUGCUCAACAAGGCCAACACAGGUGAGUCGGAGGAGGCAAUGGCGGCUUCUGCUCUGGACUCGAAUGUCCAGCAUGCGGUGGUGAAUGAGGGAGGCCAGAGGGUCAUCACCAUAGUAACGGACCAGCACGGCAACCUGCAGACGGCAACAGGAGCCAUGACACAGCCCUUCUUUGUCACAAUGCAGCACGGGCAGCAGAUGCUCGUGCCAGCUAACACUGUGACUGAGGAGGUUGUUUCUGAAGAACCUCCAACGAGAAAACGCAAACUGGAGCCUACACCUGAGCUCCCGGAGACGGAGGUAUUGCAGAGGCAGCUUCAGGAAGCCAACAGAAAAGCACAAGAGUACAGGCAGCAGCUGCUGAGGAAGGAGCAGGAGGCAGAGGAGUACCGCAUCAAAUUAGAGGCCAUGUCCCACAGCCAGGCUAGUUCCAGUGCUAACCCCGGAGCUAAUGGAGCUAACGAUGCUAACGGCACUAAUGGCGAGCAGGAUGAGGUUGAGGGUGAAGAGGAAGUGGUUGGCAUCAUCAUGACUGAGGAGGGGGAGGGGCAAGAAGUGACGCUGGUGACGGGCAGCACCGAGUGACAACGACGACUUUAGUCCUGGGUCAUUCCUGGGUCAUUCCUGGUUCAGACCUGUGUUUAGACCUGUGUUUAGACCUGUGUUUCUGGGUUAACGGUACAAAGUGGGUUGUCAGUGGUUAAGUUCAUUGAGUUUCUCUGUGGAGCCCUCGUUUUGGACCAGGACUAGUCCAGAACACAGACCUGAUAUCAUGGCUUUAUCACAGACACUUAAAAUUUUGUCAAGAAUAAAACCUGACCGGGACCUGGACCAGAGUAGGACUGGACCGGACCAGGACCUCUCCCUCUGCCAAAUGUCCUCUAUUUUAAAAUCAUGUUAAACUCUGGAGCACCCUGCCUAGGAUGGCCGCUCUCCUUCAAUGAACUUUAAACUUUGUAAUAAACUCCACAAAUGUUUGUUUUAUCUCAUUUUAACUCUGCUCCUCCUGCUAUUUCUUUGGCUCUGCCCCCAGCCAGUCCCUUGCCUCCACCCCCCUGGGUGUCAUUGCUCUUUUGUCUUUUCUAUUCUCAUUUUUCUGACUGAUCUUCUCGUCUGGUGUCAAGGGCGGACAUGAUUUUUGUACCUGCGUUUCUGUACAUAAAAAGUGUAUUUUUGUAACCAUAGCGACAAUGACGAAACAUUAGAGACAUAAAGUGUUUUUGGAAAAUC